UCUCAGCGCCAGUUUUUCUCGGUCAGGACAAAUCAACACAGAAAGACCAAGCAGUGAAAAAAUACUUUUUACUUAGGAGUAGCCUGUAAAGGAGACCAACUAUUCAUUUAUUUUUCAUCGCUUUUCAGGACGACUUCCUUAACAUGGGGCGCUCGAUUAUGAAAACAAGCAUUAUGAUGCUGGGUGAGCUUGAGUACUCUGAUGUAUUCGUCGCAACCAUCAAAAGUACUGGAAACACAACUACUGCCAAUCCCAAAAACCCAUUUCCUGAAACAGCGUUCUUUUUCAUCUAUCUCUUUGUCUUCAUCGUGUGCAUCGCCUUAAUGAAUCUACUGGUCGGUCUUGCAGUUGGAGACAUCGAUAAGGUUCAACGAGAGGCAACACUGAAAACCCAAGCAAUGCGAGUGGAAUUUGUUUCACAAAUAGAGAAAAAGUACCCAAGGUUCAUAACACGACUCGUUUAUAAAAAAGGGAUUGUUUUCUUCCCCAAUAAAGACUCGUGGAUAACACGAGUUUACAGAUUAUUCACUGGAAGUACAGGCGCCGUAAAAAAUCGCAUGCCGUAUUAUCAACAAGAAGAGUCUUAUAAAGACCUAAAAUCUCAAUUAGUGAAAACAAAGAAACGCGUUAAGACAAUAAUCCUUACCCUCGAAGCACAAAACAGAUUACUUAAAAAUCUAGCCAUGAAAAUCGACCCCUCGAGUGUGGGAAACAGAGGAGAUUUACUUGAGGAAGAUCUGAUCAUACCACAAUUCGCAAAAGAUGACUAUGGAGUGCCAUCGGGAAAUGUAAGUGAGUUCGAGGACGAMCCGGAUGGAAAAGACGCAGAGAAUCAAGAAAUGAAGACCUCUCUUUAAAUAUGUGAUAAGAACAUUAGUAAACAAACAAUUAGAGACAAAAGACUUUAAAAUGCACCCAACCUCACGAACCUCACUCAUAAAUGGUACUCUCCCCUAGUGACGUCAUGCAACUUUCGGUGAAAUGCAUUAUCGUUUUCCCCACCGUUUUGCCAAGAAAAAGCAAUUAAAAUUUCAAAAAAGGGUCA